GGUGAAUUGGUGUUUACGGAAGCAUCGAUCCGGUAGGGGUUCGUUAACAGAGACAAAGUAAAAGUCAACUGUACUUACGUAAGAUCAAAUAGGAAUAGGAAUAGGAAUAGGAAUAAGAAGUUGCGUGUUUUUGUGUUUUGUUUUGUGUUGUGUUGGGUUGGGUUGUAUCUAUCAUCAGAAGAAGAAAAUGGAGGGAACAGGGUCAGGAUCAGGUUCGUCAGGUCCGGCAGCUCCGGCAGGUCCAGCACCGUUCCUACUGAAGACAUACGAGAUGGUGGAUGAUUCAUCGACGGAGGAAAUAGUAUCGUGGAGUUCCAACAACAACACCUUCAUCGUUUGGAACCCUGCUGAAUUUUCUCGCCUUCUUCUUCCCACUUUUUUCAAACACAACAACUUCUCCAGCUUCAUCCGUCAGCUUAACACCUAUGGAUUUAGAAAAGUACACCCUGAGCGAUGGGAGUUUGCUAAUGAAGAUUUUGUGAAAGAUCAAAAGCAUCUUCUAAAGAAUAUUCACCGCAGGAAACCUAUCCACAGUCACUCACUCACACAACCCCUCGUGGAUUCGGAAAGGUCCGCAUUUGAGGAACAGAUAGAGAAACUUUCACGCGACAAGGCCACCAUUCAAUCCAAUAUUUUCCGCUUCAAACAACACCACUCCGCUGCCAAGACUUAUCUUCAAGAUCUGCUUCUGCGAUUGGAUGGCAUGGAGGAGAGGCAGCAAAAUUUGCUCACCUUCUUUCAAAACGCUCUUCACAAUCCUACUCUUCUUCAACAGAUCACUCGCAAAAUCGAGUCCAUGGAUUUGCUGGCUUAUAACAAGAAAAGGCGAUUACCUCGUCGGCUUGAUGAUCGUGACCACGUUGCUGGAAACACCUUUGUUGAAUGUUUUGGAACGGAAUUUGGAAAUGUUUCUCAUCAAGAAUUCUCCGAUAAACUCACACUGGAACUGUCACCUGCUGUUUCAGAAAUGAACUUGGUGGUGUCGUGUAGUACACAGAGUUCAAAUGAAGAUGGAGAAAGCCCACAUAAUAUGAUGCUACCUGAGAUAGCAGAGAUUGCACAGACCGGAGAGUCUCUUAAUUUUGAGAUGCAUUCCUGUUUAUCACGAACCGCCACAGCUACCGAGAGCCCCAAAUUGGACUCAAAUAAUGAAGAUGGUGACAGUUAUAUAUCCUGUCUUUUGAAUCUAUCUCUGGCAUCUUCUCCACUACAAGCCAAGAGAAACACAUUCCCAGAUAGAUCCCCAUCCCUAAUAGACUGUCCAGAAUUUGGCAAAUUGGAUGGAUCAAAGUUUUGUGCCGAUGAUAUUAAAGAAUAUGACGCUGGAGCCUCUUCAAGCAGAAGUCUAAACGAGGUCAGUAAUUUAGCCGAGGCUACCCCAACUGCUCCAGUUAGAGUAAAUGAUGUGUUCUGGGAACAGUUCCUUACUGAAAGACCAGGUUGUUCUGACACCGAAGGCUCAAUGUCCACCCACAAAGUAAAUGCUUAUGUUGCUGAUCAAGAUGAAGGGCGAUCCGUUCAUGGAAUCUCUGGAAAUGUUAUGGACAUGGAUCAGCUCACACUCUGACCAUAUUGUACUGGAUCCUUAAUACUAGUUUUGAUAUUGGUAUGUGAGUUUUGCAUGAUAGAUUAAACAUACUAUUUGAAACUUGACAUCGAUUUUUAUGCCUAUUUUGUGUAAAAUAUGGAUAAUCUGCACUUCUCUUGGACACAUUAUCACUGAUGUAUACGAGGUACUAGCUUGUUACGUGACAGUUUUUGU